AAACAAUAGUAGGAGUAUUUCAGUUGCAACCGCCAAGCUAAAGUAGUGCACCCUCUUCCACAGACACUCUCACUCUUCCACCAUUCCUCUUUGGAAUAGGGAUUUCACAAACAAACCCCUCAACAAUGAGAUUUCAUUUUGCUACCGAUUUCACCGCCACCGCGCUCCGCCGCCGUUUUGCUGCUUCGUACAAUCAACAAUGCAGAGCCUACGCUCCAUUCCGCCGCCCCCACCACUUCACCAGAAAAACCUCUGUUUCUGAAACUCCGAAUCGCAUUUCCCCUUCCUUCACGAUAUUCCGCCGCUUUUUCUCAUUCAAAUCAUCGGGUUCUAGUAUGGGGUUGCUGAGCUGGUAUUUGGGCAAGUUGGAGUCGCAUCCAAUUCUGACCAAGAGUCUGUCGUCCGCCCUUAUUUACGCGGCGGCUGACACUACCUCACAGGUAUGUACAAUGGAGGCCAACGGUACUUGGGAUCCGAUAAGGACACUGAGGAUUGCUGCAUUUGGGCUGUUUAUUUUAGGUCCGUCACAGCAUUUUUGGUUUAACUAUGUAGCAAGAGUAUUACCAAAGCGUGAUCUGAUAUCCACAUUGAAGAAACUAGCAAUGGGACAGAUUGCUUAUGCGCCAGUGAUCAAUGGCACAUUCUUCUCUUAUAAUGCAGCCGCUCAAGGAGAAAACGGGAAUGAGAUUGCUGCCAGAUUGAAGCGAGACUUGAUUCCGACUUUGCUAAACGGUCUUAUGUACUGGCCUCUGUGUGACUUCUUGACAUACAGAGUCAUCCCUGUCCAUCUACAGCCCUUAAUGAAUAGUUCAUGCGCGUUCUUGUGGAGCAUAUAUUUGACGUACAUGGCAAGCUUAGAGAAGGCUAUUCCUACUUAAAGUUGUGUUGUUGGAGUAGAGUAACUCUUUUCAAUUUUAUCUGUUUACACUUGACCACAAAGAAGUCGAGAUCACUUCAGUUCCAUCUCUAGAAGAUGCCGAAUCAGCCGAGACGUUUACUUUCAAAUGAGAUAUAUUGGUAAGGCGCUUCCCUCCAACCAAUAGGCCAGGGGCAAGAGGCAUAAUAGUGGUGGUGAGUAAUUAUGUAUUGUCUCUUGAGAUGUCUCUAAAUCCUUAUAUCUUCCUCCUCUUCUUCUGCAAUUUCCAGCCAUACCUUUAUUUAUCUUGCUGGCCUACACUCUUUUUACACAAACAGGUGAUUGAUUUUAUUUUAAAUCUAUAAUUCAAUUCCCUUUUGUGAAUA